AUGACCAUCAAGCUUCGAGAGCACCUUUACAUCGUACUUUCACGUCCCUUGGGAAUCAACGGCUGGACGUCAAGGACCACCUUGGAGGAGGCGAGCCCGUCCCUCUGCCACAAGGCUGCAGUACCCAGCUCAAUCCUCAUCAUCAUUUCCCCAAGAUCUACCCGCACCAUGUGUUCGGCGGACCGGGCCGCCCACCGCGGACCGCAUGCCUCGCAUGCACAGCUCAACAAUGGCAAAAUGGUUUACAAUGAUAAUGUGAAAGACAAACUGGACAUCGAGCGAGCUGCUCCACCCCCGCAAC